AUGCCAAGAAGAAAAAAAAGUUCUAAAGCUGCAAAAAAAAGAUUUAAUGAACAAGAUGAUGAUUAUAUACCAUCAAGUGAAUAUUCAGAAGACAGUUCAGAUGAUGAAUUUAUAAAUGAAAGAAUUCAAAAAUUAAGUGAUUUUACUUUAAUUUGGUCAAAAAAUGCACAUAAUAAAAUAAAAAAAACAUAUACUGGAAAUUCUAGAGCAACAAAAUUUAGAAAAUAUGGUCCUUCAGGAAAAUUUACUCAAGCUGCAAAGUUAUCACAACCAAUAACUAAUUUUUUUAAUUUUGAUAAUAUGGAAAUAGAAAAAGAAAGUGAAGAAAAAAGUGAAGAUGAAAUGGAAAUUGAAAAAGAAAGUGAAAAAGAAAAUGAAGAAAAGGAAAUGGAAUUUGAAAAAGAAAGUGAAAAAGAAAGUAAAGAAGAGAAAAUGGAAUUUGAAAAUAAAAGUGAAGAAGAAAAUAAAGAAGGGGAAAUGGAAUUUGAAAAAGAGAGUGAAGAAGAAAGUGAAGAAGAGGAAAUGGAAUUUGAAAAUAAAAGUGAAAAUAAAAGUGAAAAAGAAGUUGAAGAAGAAAUAGAAACUGAAAAAGAAAGUGAAGAGGAAAAUGCAAGUUUACAAUCAGCUAAAAAAAUUUAUAAUAAGGGAAUAUAUAAGGCAAGGCAAAUUAGAAAUUGGGCAAAAAAUUGGAUUCAAUUUGGUGUAUUACCUAGAUCUUUACAAGGAUGUCAUCAAAAAAUAAAGUCUUUUAUUGAUGAUGAAGAUGUAAUUGAAAAAAGCUUAUCAUUUAUUCGUGAAAAUGGAGGAAAAACAACACCAAAAGAAUAUCAAACUUUUAUUAAUCAAGUAUUAUUUAUACAAAUGAAUUUACAAACAUCAAAGAGAUCAAUUUCUAUUAAAACUUCUCAAAAUAUAAUUGAAUAUAAAAAAGUUUUUUUAAAUAAAAUGCUACAAUAUAAAAAUUUUAUGCCAAGUUUUGAAAGUGAAAAUAUGAUACAACAAAAUCCAUCACUUUUACCCAAUGAAAAAAUGCAUAUUUUAGUUACUUAUGAUGAAUAUUUAUUUUAUUCUAAUGAUGAUAGACCAAUAAUUUGGGCUCCUAUUGGAAAUCCACCUUUAAGAAAAAAAGGACAAGGAAAAUCAAUUAUGGUUAGUAAAUUUUUAUUGAAAAUAAUAGGUAGAUUAAAAUUAUCAGAAGAAGAAAUUAUAUUAAAUCCUAAUGUUCCAAUUGAAGCUAGAAAAUUUUUGAAACCUGGAAAAAAUGAAGAAGGAUGGUGGACAGCAGAACAUUUAUUAGAUCAAGUUAUAAAUUAUGCAAUUCCAAUAUUUGAAGUAAAAUAUCCUAAUUGUAUUGGUAUUUUUCCUUUUAAUAAUAAUACAAAUCAUGGAGCAAUGGCAAAAGAUGCAUAA